AUGGCUGAUGGAGAGCAGCGGACAGGCCCACCAACCGCUUCGUCCGCGUCCGAGCCCACGUCGACCUCAUCAUCGCCCACCCGCUCCUCGACGAUCCCCUCUUCACUGAACACGGCGUCGCUAGAGCCAGAACACACACGGGACAGCGUGCAGAUGCAGGAUAAGGCUGCCAAGGUUCUGCUCGAGAACUUGCCCGACGACGACGACGAAUUGCCGACGGUUCCAACUCUCCCACAUCUCUCGGCGGGGAGCGAGGACUUGACGGGCGAGGGAGCGAUGGGUGGGCAGGAGCAUUAUUCCGGAGUCGCCACGACCUUCCCUCCGAGCGCUCAGACGGAACAGCCAGUCGCCUCGACCUCGUCCGCCUUUCUCACCUCGACCCGCUCGCCAGUACCUUCGUCCAGCACGUCUUCGUCGGCUUCUCCUGCGGGCGUUGGCAUGCGGAGGACGACGUCGUCGCAAGGGGCCACUAUUGGAGCGAAAGUGUGGGGUGUCUGCCUCGUCGGGUUUGACCACACCCUGGGUCCAAACAUCGAGUUCACCUACCCGGAAAACUUGCGGGACAAUGCAGAGCUGCAGAAGCAUCUGCCUUUCUUGGCGCUGCCAGAUGGGGCUCAUGCCCGAGACGAGGACUACUCCUACUUCCACCUCCUCCUCCCCUCCGUCGCCCCCUCUCAGACCAUUUUCGGCAUCUCCUGCAACCGCCAGAUUCCCGCCGACCAGCUCAUCAACAAGGGGAAGGAGGUCACGCGAAGCACAGUUCAGAAGGCCAUUGUCGUUCUCGCUUCCAAGCCCAUCUUCGGCGCCCUCCGCGACAAGCUUGGCGUUGUCACCCGCUCCUUCUUUGCCCAGCGAGACUUCAACGACAAGUCGAUCCUCGUCGACCUGUUCAAGAGCUUCGACUCUGCUCAGCUUGAUGCGGCGAGGAAGGGGAAAGCGCGGAAGGAAGAAGGAGGCGCUGAAGGAGGCGAAGAGACGUCGGAGGUUCCUGAAAGUCCAACGGCGGCGGAACGAGCGGAGGAAGAAACGGGCGGCAUGUACAUGGGCACUUCGCUGCGGGAACUCGUACACCGCUUCCGCUUCAAGACGCUCAUGCUCCUCAAGCUCCUUGUCCUGCAGCGGAGAGUCAUGUUCUACGCCGCACAUACGCCCGUGGAGCAACUCUGCACCUUCCAGUACUCGCUCGUCACCCUCAUCCCGGCCCUCCUCACAAACCUACAAGAUGCCGCCUCCCCCCUCCUUGACGAACGCGUCAAGCGACUAACGAAGCCUUCGAGCUUGCGGACGAGCGACAAGUACAGCCUCAUCAAGUACCUUGGAUUGCCUCUGAACGUCUUCGGCAAGGGCUCGUUCUUCCAGCCGUACCUUCCUCUCCAGCAGAUCGACCUGCUCAAGACCAAGUCGUAUCUCGUGGGCACGACAAACAGCAUCUUCCAGCAGCAGCGCGACUGCUUCAUCGAUGUCAUCGUCAACAUUGACUCGGCCACACUCGACGUCCUCAACCCGAAGCUCACGCCUCUCAUCACCCUCACGGCAGCCGACCGCAAAUGGAUGGACGAGAUCGUCACGCUCGUCGACCAGUCUUGGAACGCAGCCGACCCCUCCCGUCCGACAAGUCAAGGCUUCGUCGGCAGCGACGACUUCAUCCGCGCCAAGUUCGAGGAAUACGUCUGCUCAUUGCUUGCCUGUGUCAAGUUUGGAGAGUUCUUGGCGAAGGAGAGGGGAGAGAGGGCCGAGAUGCUGUUGUCGGCACCCGAACUCGAAUCGUACAAUCCGGCGUCCUUUAACGAGGCUUUUUUGAAUGCGUUCAAGCGGACGGCGGCGUACGAGUUGUGGGACCGAACGACCGACGAAGCAAUCUUCGACCUAGUCGAGCCGAAACAUCCUAUGGAGGGCAAGACGAACCCGAUCGAGGACGUCGGCAUCCGGCUCGUCCACGGCCUGCACGACUCGCUCUCGGACGUCACGCUCCCCAACUUCUCCCAGCUCCCGGCCAACUUGCAGAACCUCAAUCUCGCACCGCUGCCCAUGAAGGCGAGGGAGCGGCUGAGCAAGGGCUGGUCGAGCGGAAUGCAGGCGAUGGAGGCCUUCCGGGAAGAUUGGGCGAAGCGAGCGGCGGCGGCAGAGCAGGAGGGGGAGAAGGCUGCACCGGGCGAAGGCGGGACUGGUGCGCCUGACCCGCUCGCUCCGUCAGCUCAGCCUCCGCCGAGCCCUGGCGUCGGCCAGACUUUCUUCGCCGGCGUUGAUGUCGCCAAGACGGGCGCAGCGACGCUCGCGACGGGUCUCGGCUCCUUCCUCGGCGCAGCAACGCGGAAGGCGAGCCUCUUCGGUGGUCCGCCCAGCUCGAUAGCCGGAUCGACGGACGUCUCGCCUGCACAGUCGGCCAGGACUUCCUUGAACCCUUCCGACCUGCCUCCCCCCUCUUCACCUAAGCCUCCUCCUACCACAACCGUCCACACUCCAGCUUCCCUCGCAUCCUUCCUGCGCCCACUCUCGACCGCCGCAGCCGCGACCGUACCCACCUCGCCCGAACGCCCUCGCGAGCCGAAACUCACGCCUGCACCUACGACCUCCUCCGCCGACAUGCCUUCUUCGCAGACAGCACGGAGCGGGUUUGGCGGCUUCUUCGGCGGCCUGCGCCGCACCCUCUCGCCUCUCCCCUCGCCCGCUUUCGGCGCCAGCUCGACACCCACCACGCCCAGUACAGGCGGAGUUUCUGGCUUCGGCACACCGCCUGUCACGAGCUUCCUCAGCGUCGGUGGUUGGGGAGGAAAUGCGGUACCCAGCAUGCCGAGUACGCCGGGAGGAUCUGUCUCGAGUCUGCCGAGUCCCGCCUUGAGAGCGCGGGAUAUCGCGGGUGAUCUUGGUGCGGAUGGGAGUGACGGCGAGCAUGGUGAGGAUGGAGUGGGGCGGCAGGACCAGGCGUCGAGCGAGGCGGACGAAGCGCAGAAGGAGCGGGAGAAGGCCAGGAGGAAGCUCGAGGGUAUCGCGGCGGAAUCGCCUUAA